AACUGGUUCCUGUCGUCACAUCCGUUCACUAGAAACGUCACACCCGGAAUUAAGAAUGUCAUAUUAAGAGAGCUGCUUGAAUUUGUAAUAGAAAAAAAGCUUUAUGAGUUGGAAAUUACACGCUGUCUCAUUUCUGAAAUGCCCCGCUAUUGCGCCGUGAAACUAUGUAAAAAUCGUGGAGGGGUCCUUUCGAAAGACAACAAAAAAAUUAGUUUCUACCCGUUUCCUUUGCGGGACGAAGCUCGUCUCCAGAAAUGGGUUGAUAAUAUGAAACGAGAGCAAUGGACCCCAAGCCGACAUCAGUACUUGUGCAGUGACCAUUUCACCGAGGACUCGUUUGACCUUCGAUGGGGGAUUCGCUACCUGAAGAAUACCGCUGUGCCUACUAUCUUCCCUUUCAUUUAUGAAGAUGAAACGUCUCCUCUUCAGGAUGAACUGAAAAGGUUGCAGAGUAAAAAGAAUUCAAAGCCCAAGCCAAAGACAUCUGACAUAAAUGGGAAACUCCUGGAACCCACCUCACCCACGAAGAAGAGAGCCCUAAUCUUGAAAAGGGAGAUCUCCAAGGAGGAGAGUGGGGUAGCUUCAGUUGGGGAGGGUUUGGAAUCUAAUCCUGAGGGUGACGAACCCCAAUUUCCCACAGUGUUAUUCCUGAGGGACUUGGACUCGGAAGGACUUGGCUCAGGCGAGGUGCUUCAUCUACAAGCUCUGCCUCUGGGGCACAGUGAGGAAACUACUGAGAAGCAGGGGGGUGAGAGAACGCUUACAGUCUCUGGUGUGAAGCAGCUCGAUGAUGAUCGGCAGUGUCCUACGUUGGCUUUGCAGGACAGGCUGCAGGUAGCCAUAAGUCAGGCGAUCAGGUCUCUCCCCCUGAGCCUUCCAGGUGAGCACCCCGCAGCUGGCACUGGGGACCAGGAGAGGGAGCCCUCGAGCACGGAGUACAAUUUGCUGGAUGAGCACUCCUACUCACGACAGGACACCGACAAGGAGCAGCUGUGGAACAAGAUAGCCGGCCUCCACGUGAAGAUCAUGGAGCUGGAGAGGAGAGAAGAGGAAACAGUGGCCAAAAUGAACACUUUGGAGAACCUGAUUGCACAUCUGAGGAAAGAAAGUAUCGUUUGUGAAGAAAAGCAGAAGGCGCUGGAGGACUAUUUCACAUCUGUCUUUCUUUAAGGACCCUUUGGCCUCCCUUGGCUUGCUGCUAUUAAUCAGUGAGUUUAAUUCGUAGGAAGAAAAGUCUUUUUACUUUUUCUACAUGUUCACUCACACAUUUUCCUUGUAAACAUCCAUGCAGUGCAAAAAAAACUUUGGCAGACACUGAAAUGGAGACGAAUCAAUGCGGGCACUGGCGAAUGGAGGCCAGUGUGUCUGAAAGACAGGAGUGACACUCUUCCCGGGUGUGAGUUGUGAGCACACGCCAGCUCUCAAAAGUGACUGGGACACGUAGUGCAGAAGUGUCAGGUGACAUAAACAGCUCUCACAAUGUAUUCUGCAAUAACAUCUGCAAUUAUACUUGAUAUUUUGGUGGAAACCAUUAAAUUGCUUUGCUUAA